UUUAAUAGAAUAAUUGGAAGCUUAAAUUACAAGGCUCUCUUCAAUCCUCGAUCUCGCUUUGCUCUCUUUCGCUUUCAAAUAUUGGUUCUUCAUUUCAUCGCCCUUCCUUUGCUUCUUCUAUCUUCUUUGUUCAGAUCUGAGGUCUCUCAGUUCUAAGCCAUGGCCGAGAAGGUGACUGUAAUGGUGCUGAAGGUAGACCUUCAGUGCUGGCGAUGCUACAAGAAAGUGAAGAAAGUGCUGUGUAAAUUCCCUCAAAUACGAGACCAGAUAUACGAUGAGAAAACCAACACCGUGACCAUUACCGUGGUAUGCUGCAAUCCUGAGAAGCUGAGGGACAAGAUAUGUUGCAAGGGUGCUGGAUCAAUCAAGAGCAUUGAGAUCAAACCUCCACCUCCUCCUUCCAAACCCAAGGAGCCUGAGAAGCCUAAAGAACCCGAAAAGCCCAAAGAACCUGAAAAACCCAAAGAACCUGAGAAGCCUAAAGUACCAGAAAAACCAAAAGAACCCGAAAAGCCUAAAGCACCAGAAAAACCAAAAGAACCCGAAAAACCCAAAGAACCCGAGAAACCUAAACAACCCGAAAAGCCGAAAGAACCCGAAAAACCCAAAGAACCCGAGAAACCGAAACAACCCGAAAAGCCGAAAGAACCCGAAAAGCCUAAGGAACCUGAGAAACCAAAAGAACCACCACCACCACCAAUGGCUUAUCCCCCCAUCGGAUGCUGUUGCACGGAAUGCUAUCAUGGCGUUGGUGGGGGGCCUUGCUAUUAUGGUGGACCACCUCCACCCCUACGCCCAUGUUACGGGACUUACGGUAGGCCAGUUUAUGACAGCUGGGGCGGCGGCGGCGGGUAUAGCUACUGUUACACGAGCCGCGGUGAAUGUUUUAGCGACGAAAACCCAAAUGCUUGCUCAAUCAUGUAAGGUAACGCGAGCGCAUCGUCAAAUUCACGAAUUCAUGACAUCACUGGCAAUAAUUUCUUUACAUGUUUCUGUUGAAUAUCCAGUCACUUAUAAUUGCACGUACAUUUCUUUUUCUGAAUGGGGUCAUAUAUAGGAAGAUGAAAUAAGGUUGGUGAUGGCCAAGCGUUGGGUUAUUACAGGCUUACAAAAAGUUUCUUACAAAUAUUAAUAAAUGAGAAUUAAAUAAAA